AUGGUUGGUGUUCGCAAUAAGUGUGCGAUUGUGCUUGAGCCCGGGCAAACAGAUCAUGAAGAGGAGCUGCACUCGUGUGCAAAGCGAUCUCUUGGUGGAAGAACUAACGUACAUGGGUGCACGGAAAAAUGUGAAGCGUGCGACUACUUUUGCGAGAAACCUGUAGGACACAGCGGAAAGCACUCAACCGCUCAUGGAAAUAUGCGGAACAUGCGAUUUGUUAGCAGGGAUGCGACUAUUGAGUGGAACGAGCACAAGUAUGCGCCAGGAGAGGAAGCAGUUGCGGAAAUGUGCAAUCUGUCCUGCUCUACUGCUGGACGAGGGCAUGUUCAUUAUCUGAGCUGCUCUUACGAAAGUGCUGAUCGAUGUGUUUAUUCUGGGACGCACGAUCAUCGCCGCCACUGCGACUCGUCACUUCUCGAACCGCGGCCGUCGAAAGAACUUGAUGAGGUUUUACACGCUGAAUACUGGGAGACAGUCGGUUGGGAAGAUCCUUGCCAUUCGGCAGGCGAGCGAGCACUAUUUGUCAAGUGUCCGUAUGUGUGCAACUCGAUCGAGCACGAGAGCGACAGAGCAGUGCCGUCUGGCUGUGACCUGCCUGCUUGGCAUGAGCCUGUCACCACCAAUGCGUACUCUGUACGCAAUGGAAUUUCGUACAUCAACGGUCACCGUUUCAACUGCUCUCACCCAUCGACCGAUACUUUCCACCAUAUUUUCGUGCUGGACUGUUCGGGUUCGAUGAAAGGAGGCCCGUGGAACGCCCUGGUAAAAGGUGUGCGAGAUUAUCUGUUGAACCAGAUGGCGAGCGGUCGUCAACAGGACACUGUGUCGGCCGUCACGUUUGGGGAUGAUGGCCGCAUCGUCUACGAACGCGAAGAGAUCGCAAAUGCAGUGACGCAGUACGUGGACUUCCGUGGUGGCGGCACGUACUAUGCAAAAGGACUGAGGGCAGCUAGCGCUAUCAUUUCGCGGACGAACAUGAAACUGUACCGACCUGUGGUGGUCUUUUUCACGGAUGGCCGUCCUGCUGAUGCGAAGCAAGGGUUGAAGCUUGCAAAAGAUAUGCGGUGGCGCUACGGAAUGUCAGGGCUGCGAGUAUUUGUGGUCGGGUACGGGAAAAAAAAUGAAGAUGGACUGCAACUUCUUUCAGACCAUCUCGGUGGAUCUGUACACAAAGCCAGUUCCCUUGAAGGUCUUGUGGACACGUUCCGUUCUAUUUCGACGUCAUUAGGGGCUCGUACGGGGCUCAUUUGCAGCAAAAGCAAAUACGCCUAA